AAGACACACCCCCUUUCCACAAACAACAAUCUAAAAACUCGUGGUCAGUGUUGAGUGUGCAUGCUUGUUGUUUUUGUCUGCUUCUAGUGCUGCAUCGCCAAAUUAUUUUGGAAUACCAGAAAACGAGAUGGAAACUGGAACGAAACAGCGACUCGCCAAAGUGACUGCCCUCACAAGAACAAUUUUCCACUGGGGUUUCAUUCCCACUGUCCUUUACUUAGGAUUCAAGAAAGGCGCUGAUCCAGGAAUGCCUCCCCUCACCAUCUUCAGCUUACUGUGGCAGUAAAGGGUUGCCCUUAAUAAUGUAGCUGAUAAUUUCUUAAAUAGACAAUUAAUUUCAAUGAUUUAAGUGGUUGUUAAAAAAUACAAAUUUAAUUUUAAGUCAGACACA